UGCACCCUCGAAGAGGGGUUCUUCCGUCGGAAUGUCUGUACCUUUGUUCGAUCUGUCGCCGCGAAUUUGUUUGACGAAAUUCCUGAUCCGUGCGCGUUCGAAAAUUGUGCACGCGAUUUCGUGGAAUUUGUGUGGCUUGUGCGCCUAAAGUUAUGCAGCCUUGGUGCACCGUGGUGAAGCAAAUCGACUGUAAUGUGCGAUUGAAUUGAGGGCUUUUCGAUUGAGCUGUUUGAUUGGAUUUUGGAAAGGCAAGUUGGGUGAUUAGCUGCGGGGGAUUUCCAUUGAUCGCCGGGUGUAAUUAUCGACACUAGAUUUGUGGGGUGGUGGGAGUGCGCGACGCGAUUGGAUUUAUGUGACGAGCAGUGCAGAGCAUUGAAAAGGAUUUCCUGUUGUUGUGUUUGAGGAGUAUAGAAAUGUGAAUUUUAAUCAGAUCGUGCUCCAGAUCAUCAAUAAGUUUAGCUUGCUCAACGAUCGUGCGAGGACAAACAAACAAGAGAAUUUUUCACCUCGGAGAGGAUCGCUGGACCUGCGUCGUGGAAAACCAUCGUGAGAGAGGAGAACCAACGAAUUUGUUCGCGUGGCGAUCGUUGGUCAUUCGGCGCCAGUCGAUCGUUGGCGAUCGUGAAUGAGAGAGGAGUGCGUUAUAAGCGUGAUUUUUUUUUUGAGUGUGAAAAGAAGUGAUUUUUUUUACAUGAUAAAAAGGUGUGCAAUUUUGUGUUGAUUGUAAUUGAAUGCAGCUCCCACAAAGAGUGAAGAAUCGGUGAAUGAAAGGGAUAUCCUCGUUAAAAUUCCGGUAAAAAAGCGGAGAAAAUUAAAAUUUUCACACACACACACACAUACACAAUCGCUCCCAGUUUCGUGAGUCAGUCAUCAUGUGUGCUGAAACAAAAGAGUGAUUCCGAAUGUUGGAAAAGUGAGUUGGGGCUGGGUUGGGUUGGGCGGAAAAGUUUACAGUGAAACAAAUUGGGAAGGGUGUUGCGCGAAAAUGGUUUGCGAGCUCCCCAGCCCAAGAGGGGAGGCUGGUGGGGGAAGGGGACCGAUGCUGCGGGCCUACAUCGGGCUGAUGGGUGGCAAUCUGACGCCGGCCCAACUGGGCGAACUUUGCCGGCUGAACCUGUACGGGCUGGCGGUGAACGGGGUGGCGCUGGCAGGACUCGUCGCCAUGCUGGUGUACGUUGGGUGGCGAUUUAAUUGGAAGCGUCAUAAUCUGCUGGCUUUGCAUAAUUUGCGGUCAACGCUCGUCCUGGCGACACUUUUGGUCAGCGUCUGCGAGAUUGGCCAGUACUGUCUGGUGGUCCAGCGGCUGGGGGCACUGCAGCCGGUGGCCGAUGGUGACGAUGUGCUGGCAGCGAUGACGGCCUGGCUCGGGCUGUUUGCCGGAUGUGUGGGACUGCUGGCCGUCCUGGUGGGAGCCGUCUUUGUUCGGAUGCUGGAGCUGAGCGAUGAGGCGGGGCUAUUAUACAUUGUCCUGGCGGCCCAAGGCGUUCAGUCGGUUGCAAAGUACUGCAAAUUUGAAUACAUCAAUGGCGUAACGGAGGGGCCUUCAUCGACGACGGCCGCCGCCGCCGCCGCCACACUGCCCGGUUCGGUGGCCCUCGGGAUGACCCUGGCGCUGGCAGCACUGGCCGCGACCGACGGGAUAACCAUGUAUCUGGAGAAUAAUUCCCCCGCUGCCACCACUCGGCGCCACAUUUCAACGCUGAUGGCUAAAUCACCGGAGCCGGCACCGGUGCACAAGUCUGCGGCGUGUCCGUUUCUUUCGCGGGUCACCUUCUGGUGGAUUGUCCCACUGCUGUUGAGCGGUUACCACGAACCCCUAGAGCUGGCCAAUUUGGGCCGGCUGCCGGAGGAGGACUCGAGCCGGUUCCACUACGACCAGUUUCUGUCGAUUUAUCAACGAGUUAAGAAGUCCACCAGGUCGUCGCUGUGGUUCUGCUACGCGGUCAACUGCUGGCGGAUGUUAGCCGCCGGUGGCUUCUUCAAGCUGCUCGGUGACCUGUGCGCCCUGGUGGGACCACUUUGCAUAUCCAAUAUCGUCGAUUACAUCGCCAAACCGGUGACAUCUUCAUCGGAAUUAGCUGGCACCACUGGCGGCGGGAUGACGGGACAAGAACGAGAAAGUCAUGUAAUUCCCUGGGAUGACACUGGCCCGGGUGGAUUUAAUCUGGGAAAUCAAUCAUCGACCGGCGGCGGCGACCGGAUGCUGGUGGUCCGACCGCUGACGUGGUCCGAGCUGCUGGCAAACGGAUGGUUCGUUGCACUGGUGGUGCUGGUGUCCGCCCUGGCCCAGGGCACAUUCUCGCAGGCCAGCACCCACAUCAUGGACAUGGAGGGACUUCGGCUGAAGAAUGCGCUGCAGGGGAUGAUUUACCGGAAGGCACUGCUGCUGAGCUGUUGGAGUGGUGGUGGGCGGAGUGGCGGAGAUUCCGGGUCGGGGAAGAAACGGUCAACGGAAGGAUGGGACGGUGGUGGAGCGGAAACGGAGAGCAGUGAUUCCGGCGAUCGGAAUGCAUCGAUUGGGAAAGGUCAAGCAGCAGCAACUCCUCCACGAGGCCAAACCGCCACCCUCUCUGGUGGUGGCAGCAGCGAACGCAACAGCCAAAACAACAUUCCCAAGGACAACAACAUGGCCACGGUCAAAAGCAACAGCUCCGCCAACGAUGCAGAACCCGGAACAGAUGGUGCAACCGCCAAACCACUGCAGAGCCGGCAGUGUUGCCAGCAACGCGAAAGCACGGCGGAAGAGAUAAAACAUAAAACGGUUGCCAUCGAUAGUGGGUACGAGCGGGGACGUGGUAUCGGAAACCAGCAGCAGCAACCGGAAACGACCGGAAGUCAGGGUGGUGGUGGUAAUAAUGGCAGUGCUACCAGCGAGCACGGCGGUGCCACCACCGACGCAGGUACCAUCACCAAUUUAAUGUCCGAUGAUGCUUUCAACGUGAUGUCGUUUGUGAAGAUUGCGCACUACGUGUGGGCGAUUCCACUCAAGAUUGGAGUGGUAAUGUAUCUUUUGUACCAGCUGUUGGGCGUUAGCAGCAUAAUCGGCUCGGUUGUUUGCAUCGUCACGAUGAUUCCGUUGCAGUUUCUGGUCGGCAAGAUGAUGUCCGCCAACUCGAAGAAGGCAUCGGAAUGCACCGACGAGCGGCUCCGCUGCAUCAAUGAGGUCCUGCUGGGGAUAAAAUUAAUUAAACUCAGCGCCUGGGAGGGCGUCUUCCGGGAGAAAAUUUCGCACGCCCGCCGCCGGGAGCUGCGCCACCUCGAUCUGGACUCGUGCUACUGGACCAUCAUGAUGCUCCUGACGCACGUCUCGUCCGUGCUGAUAACCUUUGUCACCGUGGCCGCUUUCACUCACCUGGAAGAGCCGCCGCCGGAAGCGACGUCAUCCACCGCCGACGACGGAAGGAUCCAAUUCACGGCGGCCCGUUUGUUUGCCUCGUUGGCACUGUUUAAUCAACUGACGGUGCCACUGUUUAUCUUUCCAAUCACGAUUCCGAUUAUCCUGUCGGCGGUGGUGAGCACCCGUCGGUUGCAGGCCUUUCUGGCCCAGCCGGAAGUGGUUAGUGCUGGUGGGGUGGGAGGAGGGCGAGAUGUGGACCAGAAGCGACUUCGGGAGGGGCGGCGUCCAAGGAACAAGAAGGGAGGUACUAGGGCUGAUGACGUUGUGGGUGACGAUCCUUGGCUGGCGGCCGCCGUUGAUGACGAGUUGGAUGAUGACGAUGACAAUGACGGGGGAGAUGGAGGUGGGAUUCUUCAGAAUUCCUCGUUGAAGGAUGGAAAACUGGGAGACGUUGGAAAAUGUGGUAAUAAUUUAUUCAACGAUUCAUCGAAAAUGGGCGAAAAUACCCUUCAACCCUCCGGACAGGUGCCAUCCCAAGACGACACUCCUGAGCCUGGAACCCACUCGCAAAAGAACCGCAAAACAACUCCCAACCCACGUCACCAAAGCCCCGGUCCCAUCUUUGCUCAAUUGGACGGCGUUGGGGCCAAGUCUAAUGAGUUGGGCCUUGGAAUGUCACCUGCCAAGGGAGGGGAAGAUUCCGCCGUGGGACAGCCACCGGUGGUUACCGUCCGGAAUGGACGCUUUCGGUGGGGAGCAGCCCUUGAGGAUGACAGCUCGGCGCAGAACUUGGGCCAGGAGCUGAGGAUUGAACGGUUAAGCAUUCCCGCAGGAAAACUAACGAUUAUUGUUGGCCGCAGUGGAAGUGGUAAAUCAUCAUUACUGGCCGCCUUAUUGGGGGAAAUAAAUCAUUUGUCCGGCCGAGUCACGUGGAGCAAAACCUUCUCCUCUCCGGCCGUGGCGUACGUGCCCCAGCGUCCCUGGCUGCUGAACGCCACCGUCCGGGACAACAUCCUGUUCGGGGAACCGCUGAGGGCACGUCGGUACGACCGGGUGCUCCGUGCGUGCGCCCUCCGACCGGACAUCGAGCUGAUGCCGGACGGCGAUCUGGCCGAGAUUGGCGAGCGGGGAAUUAAGCUGUCCGGCGGCCAACGGCAGCGCAUCGCCAUCGCCCGGGCACUCUACUCGCCGGCCCGGCUGGUCAUUAUGGACGAUCCGCUGUCCUCGCUGGACAACGAAGUGGCCCGGUUCGUCUUCGACCACGGCAUCCGGCGGAUGUUGGCCCGCCAGAAGCGCACGGUCAUCGUCGUGACCCAGCGGCUGCAGCUGGCCUUCCGGGCCGAUAAUGUAAGUUAUGGCCGAGCAAUGAUGCUCGGUAACAACCUGACCGAUACUAAGGCCAAGUAUUUCAACCUGCCGCAGUGCUGUGUCGAUUCUCGUGAUCGUCACUCUGGAAUCCAGAUCAUCCAACCUCAACCGGGUUUUGGUGAACCGUUUGGGGUGUACUGCGAUCAGGACUACGAAGGUGGUGGCUGGACCGUGAUUCAGAAUCGCUUCGAUGGAUCGGUCAACUUCUACCGGGGUUGGAAGCAGUACGAGGAUGGGUUUGGCAGCAUGGAGGGCGAGUUUUGGCUGGGGUUGAAGAAGAUCCACGAGUUGACGUAUUCGAAAAAGUACGAGUUGGUGGUACUGAUGGACGAUUGGGAAGGUUACCGGGCGGUUGCAAGAUAUAGUCGAUUUUCGCUGGCAGGUCCCGAGGAGAAUUAUACGCUGAAAAGUGUUGGGAAUUACUCCGGGACGGCGGGAGAUUCGCUGAGUGUUCAGGUUGGAAUGAAGUUUUCCACCUUGGAUGUGGAUAACGACACGCAUGAAGAUGGAUCCUGUGCCGUUAUGUAUCAAGGGGCGUGGUGGUAUGCGGUGUGUCACCAAAGCGUGUACUUCUCCUCGGGACCUGCCACCAAAAACCGGCUAUACUUUGCCACUGCCCUGUUACCUUCCCAGUCGUCCAGCAACACCAACAGCUCGUACUUUUUCGAAUACGUCAGCUCGUGGAUCUUCUUCAACCCUAGCCAAAACUCGCCCUCCAUGCUGCCAAACCCAUCCUCGUACUGCUUGGUAGAAGUAAACCGAUCCAUCGUAACGAUUCUGAAUCACGGUCCAGCCACCACCUUCGUAGUCCUAAUCGCAGUACACACCAAACGGCUCACCAAAGCCGGGUUGGGGAUGGAUCAGCUGUACUCCGGAAGGAAGAUCUCGAGCUUCGGCGCAGGACUGUGGCAGUUGAAAAAUUCCAGAGUUGCUGUUUAUUCUUCGACUGUCACAAACCUAAUUUCCGCAAGCGAGCACUGUGCGUUGAAUAAAACGAAUUGCGGUCAACCCGCGUCGCCCGAUACCCUGCUGACGACUCUGUUCACCCCGCUGACACUGCUGCCCCGCGUGGGCUCCAGCAUGGGAGGCGGUGGGGGAGGGAACCUCUUUGGACCGCGCUCCCACACACCGGAUCUGGCACUGCCCUUCGACGAGUGUCACGGCGAGGACGUCCAGCUGCGGCGGCAUCACUACUCGACCCGCUUCCGACCGAUGACGGCCGACGGAAGAAACCGGAAGGGGUUCAGCGAUGGACUGGUGGCGGUAAAAAAUGUUUUCCGAACGCAAUCCCUUCAACCAGUACGUGACCAGGAGGGUCCUGCCAGCAUCGAUGAACGAUUGCUACCUGCGGUACCGAACUUGUCUCCAAUUUCCUCCACCGUUGGAUCGAUUCAGCAGCAACGUCAUCAGAAUGCUGCCGACUGCCAAAGAUUCCGCUUCACCGACCCCUGCGGCGACUGGCGAAAGCUCAGUUUUCGGCAAAUCUUCACCCGGUUAAGCUCGCGCCGCCAUCGCCGGAUGAGACGGCACUCGAAUCCGGCCACUUUGGCGGGCAUCGGCCCGACAUCCGGAGAGUUCUUCAGUAAGGGCGAUUCCGUGAAAAGCACUGCGACACUUUCGGAGGAGGAAAGUUGUCGCCGGUCGCAGGCGGAUCUGGGUCGGUUGCAGCAGCGCUGUGGUGGUGGCAGUGGGCGGAGGAACCCACUACUGCGGAGGCUUUGGUCCAGCAUCUCGCGGUACAGUGAGGAGGCGGAGGAGGAGGUUGUGGGAGACCACCCCGCCGAGGACGGCUCAAACCGGCUAGUCAGCAACGCCACCGAGGAACGCAAAUAUGGCACAAUUCCAGCCCGCAUGUACUGGCUGUACCUGCAGUCCAGCGGGCUCCGCAUGGUGGCGACAUUCUUCGUCAGUGCCCUGGCCCAGCAAGGUCUCCGGGUUUAUACGGACUUUUGGCUGCAAGGCUGGACCGACCGGAAUCAGUACGAAAAGGGUGAAACUCUAGACGAUUCGGGAGAUGAGGUUCAGUACCACUUUCGAGUGUACGCCCUCCUGUCAGGGCUUUGCAUCGUCCUCGCGGCCGUCUCCUUCCCGGCCGGCCAACGAGCCGGCAGCAACGCCCGGCGCCGACUUCACCGCCAGCUGAUCAGUUCCGUACUGAGAAAUUCAAUCCACUUCUUCCAAACCGUGCCCCUGGGUCGACUCAUGAACCGGCUCAGCAUCGACAUUGCCGUGGUGGACAAGAAAAUUGCCGCCACAAGUCAGAAGCUGGUCCAGUUUGUGCUGCUGUGUCUCUGUGCCGUGCUCAUCAACAGUUUCGUAACGCCGUACUUUAUCCUGCUGACGGUGCCCAUCUGUGCCGUUUACUGGGUGGUGCAGAAAUUUUACCGGUGCUCGUCCAGAGAACUCCAGCGCAUCGAGUCGCUCACCUACUCGCCGAUCAUCGCCCACUUUUCCGAGACGAUCGAGGGCGUCACCACGAUCCGGGCCUACGGGCAGCAGGCCCGCUUCACCGACACCCUGUUCCGCCGGAUGGAGGCCAACAACGUGGCCCAGGUGAUGCUGAACUGCAGCAACCGAUGGCUGGGCAUUGCGUUGGACUAUUUGGGUGCGAUAAUUGUUUUUGUGGCAAUCCUGAGUGCGCUCAUCACGGCCAGCCUGAGUCCGGCGGGGACGAGUUCAUCGCUCAUUGGGCUGGCCAUAAAUUACGCGCUGCUGGUGCCGAUCUACCUGAACUGGGUGGUGAAGCUGACGGCCGAGAUGGAGAUGUACGUGGGUGCGGUAGAGCGGAUACAGUUUUGCAUCGAGAGCAGCCAGGAGAGGUACCGGGAGCGGAGUGGGGUGAAGUACAAACCCGUCUCAAUCUCGUGGCCCCAGAAAGGUGACAUCGUGUUCGAGAACGUCACGCUGCGGUAUGAGAGCCAGAAGGAGAAUGUUAUCACAAAUUUGAGCCUGACCAUUCCGGCUGGACAGAGGAUUGGCAUCUGUGGCCGCACCGGAAGUGGAAAAUCCUCCCUAGCCCUGGCACUUUUUGGAGUCCUAGAACUGGUCGACGGUCGAAUCCUGAUUGAUGACGUGGACAUCGCCAACAUUCACACGGAUGAGCUGCGCAGCAGACUGUCAAUCAUCCCUCAGGAGGUGAUGCUGUUUGGGGGCAGUCUCCGCGAGAACCUGGAUCCACGGGGUCACUUUAGUGACUUGGAGCUGUGGAACUGUCUGGAAAUGGCACAGUUGAAGGAGUUGGUUGUGGGGUUUGCUAAAGGAUUGGACACGCACCUCAGCGAGGAAGUGCCCCUAUUUAGUGCUGGUCAGAGGCAGCUGCUGUGCUUGGCCCGGGCCGUGCUGCGAGGUUCGGUUUGCCUGGUGCUGGACGAGGCCACCUCGUCGCUCGAUACGGAAACCGAGAAGCUGGUGCUGGAUGCUGCCGCGAAAGCGUUCAAAGGACGGACCGUGCUCACGAUAGCGCAUCGAUUGCACUCGCUGUUCGAUUACGACCGCGUCAUCGUCCUGGAGCACGGUGCCAUCGUCGAGGACGGCUGUCCGCGGCUGCUCCGGAAGCGUCCCGCGUCCCGCUUUGCCACCAUGGUGAAGGCUUCGACCUCGGAGCACCAGCUGCUGCACCCGGUUCCGGAACCCGCCCCGCAGUAGCUCAAAGUGUGGGGGUUGUGGACGGGAUUAGAAAAAA